AAAUGACCUGACCAUAGAAUUAGAUACCACCGGGCACCGGCUUCAUGUUGUCUAGGCCAGCAUCUUCAUUUUUUGUGAAGCUCUUAUACUCGGUCAGGAACCGAUCAGCUGUAGGAGUCCGAUCGACCCCCUCCCCCUCCCCUCCCCCCGGCCUCUAGGUACAUUAGCUGCUGUAAAGACGCCAAUAAGGACAAGGGUGGACCCAAAGAAGAGAAAGCUGUAUACUAAACACACUAAUAUCUCCAAAAUAAGCUAUGGAUUUACCUAUGGUACUCCUAAGGAUAUGUGAUGGGUAGUCUUGGGAUUCGAGACGAGAAUCUUGGGAAAUUCUAGUCGAGAUCUUGGGAUGGACCAAAAAUGUGGAUGGCAUCACUGAAGCACUGGCCUCAAGAUGAACUCUCAGACAUUUUGUUUGAAGUGGGAUGCAUUUCAGAACAGCAUCACCUCUUCCUUUGACUUGCUGCGACAAGAUGAAGAGCUGGUUGAUAUAACACUGUGCUGUGAUGGCCAGAGUUUGAAAGCCCACAGGCUAAUGCUAUCUGCAUGCAGUCCCUACUUCAGGGAACUCUUUAAGCGUUUUUCCUUUUCCAGAACAACCAGUGCCAGCACAUGGUCAUUUUCCUGAAGGACACUUCAGUGGCCGACCUGCAGGCAGUGAUCGAGUUCGUGUACAAGGGAAGGGUGAACGUGGCGCAGAGCCAGCUGGCCAGCUUCAUCAAGACGGCCGAGAUGCUGCAGAUCAGAGGACUCAGUGGCGAGGAUGACAAGACGUGCCCAGCCAUGUCGGAGGACUGGUCUCCGGACCCGGGGAGCUGCUCGCCGCCGGUGAAGAGACGCCGCCGCUCGGCCUCCCCUGCCGCCGCCGUCCCCGGCCCCUCCCCCUCGCCGGCCGGUGCAGACCGGUGCCGGCCGCCCGAGUCGACCCUCCUGUACGGACAGCCCGACCCGGGCGCCGCCUGCUCAGCCUCCUCCGCCGCUCCGCCGCCGCCGGAGCCCGUCAAAAUCGAGAAAAUCGACCUCAGCGACACGGACGGCGAGGAGGAGGGCGGCGCGCCGCUGGACGACCGGCUGGCCGGGCUCGAUGGGAUACCCGGGUCCGGCGGGGGGCUCGAUGGGAUACCAGGGUCCGGCGCCGGGCUGGCGGAGGUGGACGGAGACGGCACGGGAUUCGGCGGAGACCUGGACGGUGUGGCCGAGCUGCCCCUCGCCGCCCUCCCCGCGGGAAUGAUGGACGACCCGGCUGUCGACUGGCGACGAGUACGCGACCCGGCCGCCACCCAAGACUCUGGCGGCGCCGUGCACCGCUGCCCCAUCUGCUGCCGCGGCUACUCCAACGCCCGCUCGCUCGAGUACCACAAGAAGAUGCACGCCGGCCUGACCACGUGCGCCCUCUGUGGGAAGGUAACCAGCAAGGUGGAACACCUGCGGAGACACCUGGAACAUGUGCACAAACUGACGCAGCAGGAUAUACGCAGCAUCGUGCCCACACGGAACAAGUCCAGGCCGCCGGCCCGGCUGGUCUGAGGCCCGGCGGCUGGGGGGGGGGGGGGGGGAGAGGCCGGUGAGGUUCCUCUGAGGGUAAUGAGUCGGCGGGGGAGGCGGAGAAGAGUGACGGAGAAUAUGUUUUUUUUUGUGAUACUCCACCUGGAAGUAUAGGGCCGUUUAGCAGUUACCGAUCUGAGUGUCACUCGCGGUAUUGUGAUGUGCUAAAAGACGGUUAAUGGGCGGUUAAUGGGGACCUGCAGUCACCCGCGGCUGGAACGCAGCUGUCUCAGACCAUAAAUAACGACAUUAGAUGCUGGAGGGACAUAUCCUGUCCGUCACAUAAGGAAAAUAUGUGGGUUGAUGUAAAGUAUGGAUGAUAUCAUCAGUACUCGGUGAUCGUGUGGGCCGUCAUUGUUCGUCAAACGGCAGUGGCGCGUAGCUCGUGAUUCGUGACUGUAUGUACAAUAUUGUGUUAAUUGUGUUCCAAGGCACGCGGGAAGGGCGUUGGACUGAGUACAGACAUCCGAUCGCUCUGGUGUGAGUGGAUGUGAUGUGAUGUGAUGUGAACCUAGUCAAGUCCGGAAGGUAUCGUGGGUGAAAUUCCACCCAGUGUUAAACUGAUUGCGGGGGGGAGGGGCGAUGAUAUUGUCAUCCCGUGAAGGGGAGCUUCACAAAGCUAACCGAAGUUAUAAAAUAAGACGUGUUAUGGUGUACCACCUAAUGUCAUUGCUUGCUGAACAAAACAGGAGCUGUCGCGUCACCUGGCGGCCGAGUCAGAACUGUGUGUUGGCUCUUCCCUCACUAGAUGGCACUACGUGCCCCUGAGGCUCUGCUGUUGCGCGGUAUGUCCGUGGAAAUGAUCGUUUAGUUGGAUUUUGAUCCGUGAAUGUUUCAUUGCAAUACCAAUUGUCCAGUCAUGUUUGUUUUCUCUUAUCUAAAGCUGACAU